CCAAGAAAUAGUAAUACAAAACAAGAAGAGAAAAUGGUAACCUUAACUUCAUCUUCUUCAACUCCAAAUGUAUCUUUUGAUUUCAUGAUGAACAAUAAUAAUAACAGUAACAAUCUCUAUGGUCCUUUCUCUUCUUCUUCUACUUCUUUCUCUUACUUGAUAAGCAAGGAAGAUACUCUCACUCAGAAGAACCUAAUGAGUGGUAUCAACCAUGAUGUUCUUGGAGUUAAUUACAAGAAAGCUUCUGAUGAUUUGGAGAUCAGUGUGUUUGGAGCUGAGAAGUACUUCAAUGGAGACAUGGAUUCCGACCACAGUCCUAGACUUGUGUCUUCUCUGCCAGAUCCAGAAGUUCCAAUAGAGAGAAUCUUUGUUCCUCCAAAGCAAAGCUCGAAGAAUUCCUCGGAAACUCCAAGUCUUCGGUCUGAAUCCAGCUGGAAUAGCCAGAGCUUGUUGCUUCAGAACAAAUAUAUGGAGAAGAAGAAGAACAUCAAGAACAACUCUAACUGCAACAGUUACUUUCAGGAGAAGGAUAUAAGUAGCAAUCACAAGGUGAGUAAUAAGAAGAGUUUUCUAGCUACUCUUGGCUGCAGAUGUGUGUGUUCGAACUGGAGUUCAGUUGAUGUCGUCGAUGAGAAGAGAAGAAGCUCUGGUCUGAAGAAGAUCAGGACUCAAUUGAGUUUCUCUGGAGAUCUAAGCUCAGAGAUGAAGAUUCAUCAACAACAACAAGAAGCAAUGUUAGAGCAGAGGAAGUCUCUGGAAAUAUUUGGAUCUCCUCUUAUUGAGAAGAGAAUCAUUCAGAAGAAAUUCCCAUGGGAAUACGCGAGCUCUGCGAAAAAAGAGGAACAUGGAUUCUCUGUGAAGCAUGAAGAAGAAGAAGAUGGGAGUGUGAGCGAUGUAAGUACGGAUCUUUUUGAGAUUGAGAGCUUAACAGGGAAGGCAAAGCCCUUUCUUGCAAGGCAAGGAAGUAGUGAUCCAGACUCACCGAAUGGUUAUGCACCAAGUGAGGUAAGCAUACAGUGGAGUGUAGUAACGGCAAGUGUAGCGGAUUUCUCUGUUAUGUCUGAAUGUGCAACGAGUCCUGUCAAAAAGAACCGGUCUUUUCAGAUUCCUCGAAUCCCUAUCAUGGCGAAAUCAAACCGAGAAACCGCGCCUCAGAGACGGAAAUCGAGCAGUGGCGGUUUAUUAAUGGGAUGCAAGAGUCAUAAAUCUGUCAGAGUUUCUGGUGACUCGUACACAAGCAUGAACAGAACACCGAGUUAUGUUCCAAGAUUCCCCGUAGAAGCUAAUCCAACAAGCAUUGAAACAAGAAGGAGGAUCAGCAGUAGUUCGGUUUCUCACACGCAAUCACCUUUUUUGUAUACUUAAUGAUGUCAAACAUCCGAACUCUUUUCGCUUUACAUGUAAUGUCUACUAAGUGGAAAAUAUUUGAUUUGCUUAUACCAUCUUCAUAUUCUUGUACCUGAAAACAGUAAUUUUGAUUUAACGGGUUUAUUAAGGAAGAAAGUCGAUAGAGAAGUGCAAAUCAAUCUUUAUCAUCAAU